GUACAUUUUACUGUUUAGAAAUGAUUACCGUUAGUGUGAUCAGUGGUUGGUUUGAACGUCGUCACGACUCGACCGGUCACCUGGAUCGCUGAUUGGCUCAGACCGCUGAUCCGGGUACUGUGCUAGAAUGAGCCCAUUAGCUAAAGGUACCAAUAUGGCGGAGGCUUCCCUAGGGAGUUCAAGUCCAGUUGGCUCAUUAUCAUCAGAGGACCAUGACUUUGACCCAACUGCAGAAAUGUUAGUUCAUGAGUAUGAUGAUGAGAGGACUCUGGAGGAGGAAGAAUCUCUGGAUGGAGGGAGGAAUUUUCGAUCUGAGAUAGCAGAUCUGGAAAAGGAGGGGAACAUGCCUUUGGAGGAACUAUUGGCCAUCUAUCGCUAUGAGGCUUCAGCAGGCUCUAGUAUAGACAGCUCCUCUGGAGACCUGACUGAUGAGCUGCCUGACAUGACUUUGGACAAGGAGGAAAUAGCCAAAGAUCUGCUAUCUGGUGACUAUGAGGAAGAGACCCAGUCUUCAGCUGAUGAUCUGACCCCCUCAGUAACCUCCCAUGAGGCUACCGAUUUCUUCCCAAGAACACUUAGAUCCAACGCUAUCUCCGAUGGUGAUAAAGAGUCAGAGUGUGACGAAGAUGGCCCAAGCCCAGAGGACUCCAGAAAGGAAAUAAUGGUAGGAACACAGUACCAAGCAGAGGUUCCUUCUUGCCUCUGUCACUACAAAGAUGGAGAGAGAGUAUAUGAAGAUGAAGACGAGUUAUUAUGGAGCCCAGGUACAUUGCCAGAAAACAAGGUUAGAAGUUUCCUGUCUGAGGUGUUGUCACGGACAACGGAUGAGAAGACAGGAUGUGACAAACCAGGGAUGCAUGUCCGAGACAAUGAGCAGGCUUUGUGUGAGCUUGUCAAGUGCAACUACAACACCCGUGAAGCACUAGAGAGAUACUGCAACCGUGUAAAGUCCUCAAAAGUCACUGCGUAAAGUACGUUUUCAAGG